CGCGAUUAAAAAAUACUUUGGUCCCGUGCGUUGUUGUCUGUGCUGUGAGGAAAAGGUUUUACUCUGAAUUGAUAUUCUUCGACGAAAAUUGUCAAAAUGCCGGACCACUUGGGUGAUGAUAUGCGAAAAACAAAAACUGAGGAUAAAGAUGAUAAACCCAUACAAUCCCUGGAUGAAGGAGAUAUUGCACUUCUGAAAUCAUAUGGAGCUGGACCAUACACAAAGCCAAUCAAACAAGUAGAAGAUGACAUACAAGCAAUUGUCAAGAGAGUUAAUGAACUUACUGGUAUUAAAGAAUCUGACACAGGUCUCGCCAACCCCGCACUAUGGGAUCUCCAGGCGGACAAGCAAACCCUUACUAGUGAACAACCUCUACAGGUAGCACGAUGCACUAAGAUCAUCAACGCAGACACCGAGGAUGCUAAGUACAUCAUCAACGUCAAACAGUUCGCCAAGUUUGUGGUGGAUCUUCAUGAUAAUGUGGCACCCACAGAUAUAGAGGAGGGCAUGAGGGUGGGGGUUGAUCGUAACAAGUACCAGAUUCACAUUCCAUUGCCACCUAAGAUUGAUCCGACGGUUACCAUGAUGCAGGUUGAAGAGAAGCCAGAUGUGACCUACUCCGACAUUGGAGGAUGUAAAGAACAAAUAGACAAACUCAGAGAAGUGGUAGAAACGCCUCUACUGCAUCCUGAAAGAUUUGUCAAUCUUGGUAUUGAGCCUCCGAAAGGUGUUCUCCUGUAUGGACCACCCGGUACAGGAAAGACCCUGUGUGCCAGGGCAGUGGCUAACAGAACAGAUGCAUGCUUUAUCAGGGUCAUUGGUUCCGAGCUGGUACAGAAAUAUGUAGGAGAGGGUGCCAGGAUGGUAAGAGAGCUGUUUGAAAUGGCCAGAGGCAAGAAAGCCUGCCUGAUCUUCUUUGAUGAAAUUGAUGCAAUUGGAGGUGCAAGGUUUGAUGAUGGAGCAGGAGGUGAUAACGAGGUCCAACGAACCAUGUUGGAGCUCAUCAACCAGCUAGAUGGCUUUGAUCCUCGUGGUAACAUCAAGGUUCUCAUGGCAACCAACCGACCCGAUACUUUAGACCCCGCCCUCGUCAGACCAGGAAGACUGGAUAGGAAGGUGGAGUUCGGACUGCCAGAUUUAGAGGGUCGUUCACAUAUCUUCAAGAUUCACGCCAGAUCAAUGAGCGUAGAAAGGGACAUUAGGUACGAGCUCCUCGCCAGGCUAUGUCCAAACUGUACAGGUGCCGAGAUCCGUAGCGUGUGCACAGAGGCUGGUAUGUUUGCUAUCAGAGCCAGGAAGAAGGUUGCCAGCGAGAAGGACUUUAGAGAAGCCAUCAACAAGGUCAUCAAGGCCUACGCCAAAUUCAGUUCCACGCCACGCUACAUGACAUACAACUAGACUAAAUUAUACCUUAUAAUAACCUGUGUAUGAUACUACCCUACUCUGACAAAAGGAAGCAAGUUUCAAAAUUGUGAUUUCCUGUAAAGAGUAAAAUGUGUCUGUGAUAUACAUAGAUACUAGUGCAUUAAUAUGAUGGUCAGCCAGCCAUAUUUCAUAGCAGGUUCAGUGAUAUUUUAUGACAUCAGGGGCCUGUUGCAGAAAGAGUUGCAAUCAAUCGCAACUCUAAAAAUCAUGCGCAACUUGAUUUUCAACCAAUCAACAGCGCACAUUUGGGACUUGCGAUUGAUAUUUUGACUUGCGUUUAAACACAACUCUUUCUGCAAUGGGCCCCUCGCCUGAACUCAGAUAUAAACUUAUGAAUUGUAAAUUUUUACAAACUGAAUAUUGGUUGAUGUGUGAUUGCUUCCUUUUGGCAAAGUAGGGAAGAAUAAACAUUGUAAUAACAUGUUGUCACACGCACCAUGAACCGUCCUCGUGGAAUAGAUACAAUGCGCUAUCGCACCUCGCGAUUUCACCACGAACCGUCCUCUCUGUUACAAUGGCCACUGUGGCGUAAAUAAUUCACUUCAAGAAAAUAUAAAGAUACGGGAUGAAACUUUGGAACCUAAACUAUCGAACGAAGACACCGGCAGAUAAUGUGCUUUUCUUGUAAGUGCACUUAUUGCUGGUUUUAAAAAAGCUUUUCUUUAAAUGCGUUUUCUGCGAAACUAACUUUCGCAUCGAAGUGCGAAGAGAGGACGGUUCGUGGUGCGUGCGACGAUGUGUAUAAUAGGGCUGUGACACACAUGUGUGAUGACGAUAUUGAAACAUAACUCAAAACUUGAAUUAAUAGAUGAUAUUGGGUAGCCGAUGUAUCACUCCUUAAAAAGUAUUAAGUUGGGGCUUGAAUGUGUUUCAGAUUUUGCUACUAGAAUGAUUUACAAUGAAUUGCUGGCGG